CGAGGCUCCGGGGCGAGAGGCUCAACCAUGGGUAGGCACUUAGGCACAGACGGAGCUAGCGCUGCAGACAGAGAAAGAGAAAAGAGCGUGAGAGAGUGAGCGAGCAAGUAGAAGAGAGACCGAGUGGGCGAAGGGGGGCUGCUUUUGGGAGCUUGCUCAACGCAGCAGCCGGCACAGCCAAUGCAGCCUCUGGUACUAUGGAAACUAAACCUCUGACCAAUGGAAAUAAUGGAGGCUACGAUGUGGCAGGUUCCUGAAGGGCAUGAGCGCCUUGUCUGCGGCCGGUGCUGUUCUGAUCUGGAGCCAGUGCUGGUGACAGGGACAUGGGCCUCUUCCUCAGGGCUUCCAGCACGCUCAGCACAAGCGACGACCUGGUCCACAGCACCACUGAAAGGGACGCCAGGGCAGCGCCACCACAGGCCCAGCACGCAGCAGAACAUUGGGUCCCAAGCUCCUGGUAGAUGCUCCACGUAGCCUUCUCUAAUGAGGAUGUCUGAUACUGUCACUGUAAAGGAGACGAGCGAGACCAUGAGGGGUCUGGAGACGGAGGAAUGCGGCUCGGCGCCGGCGGCCGACGGCAUCGGCGAGUCCGAGAGCCGGGAGCACGUCGAGCCCAACGGGGACGAGAACUGCUGCGACGAUAAGAGCGAAACGCAGGGGCAAAUACCCGGACAGAGCGCAAAGCGGCCCAAGUCUAACGCAAAGUUAAAGUUAGUUCGGAGCCUGGCCAUUUGUGAAGAACCCUCUCCUCCCCCAAUUACCUCUGAAUCGCCGCCAGAACAUCAGGAGGAGAUUCAGAUCAAGAUCUGUCAGUCGUUCGAGAAAGAGGAGGCUCCGGCCAGUAGGAACGAAGAUGAUCGAGAGAAAAGUGCAGAGAAGUUUGAAAAAUUGGAGAACAUGCAGCGCAAGAUUCUGUCAAGAGAUUCCAGCCAAGAAUACACCGACUCCACUGGGAUCGAUCUGCACCAGUUCCUGGUUAACACGCUGAAAAACAACCCCAGGGACAGAAUGAUGCUGCUGAAGCUGGAGCAGGACAUCCUGGACUUCAUCAGUAACAAUGAGAGCCAGAGAAGAAAGUUCCCCCCCAUGACGUCCUACCACAGAAUGCUCCUGCACCGAGUAGCUGCUUACUUUGGCUUAGACCACAACGUCGACCAAACAGGCAAAUGUGUGAUCAUCAACAAAACCAGCAAUACGAGGAUACCGGAUCAGAAGUUCUCCGAACACUUCAAAGAUGACAAGACGGACGAUUUCCAGAAGCGUUACAUAUUAAAAAGGGACAACUCCAGCAUGGACAAAGACGACAACUUGAUGCGAAUGAGGUUAAAAGACGACAGGAGGAGUAAAUCGAUAGAAGAGCGUGAAGAGGAGUAUCAACGGGCGAGAGAGAGAAUAUUUGCUGACGGUUUGGAUAUGUUCCCGCUCGAUAAAAGGAUCCAAGAGGACGACGCCUGCAACACCACUCAGCAGAGGCGGCAGAUUUUCAGGUUGAAACAUGGGCGUUCGGGGAACGGGACCAGCCGCCAGAGCAGUUCGGAGACCGAGGCUCGUUCCUCUGAGCCGCGGCCGUGGAGCAGCACGGACUCGGACAGCUCGAACCGCAACCUGAAGCCGGCCAUGACCAAGGCGAGCAGCUUCAGCGGCAUCUCGUUGCUCAUCCGCGGAGACAGCUCCAGCAGCGGCAAGAGUGCUUCACGCCUCUCUAAAACGGGUUCUGACUCUUCUAGUAGCGUAGGCUCAUCUACGGGCUCGCUCUCUCGCUCUCUGCCUCCCCCUCCCGUGGCUCCGUCCUUAGUCCAACUGGGCCACUCUGCGCCCUUGGCCUAUCCUACCGUCAGCACUAGUAGCAGUGUGUCCUGUGAGGGUGGCAGGAGCGGGGCGCCAACAACCGCAGCUAAUACUAGCUACUAUUUGCUUCCCCUGGAAGCAGCGGGAAUACCGCCUGGGAGCAUCCUGCUCAACCCGCACACAGGUCAGCCUUUUGUGAACCCGGAAGGCAACGCCGUGGUCUACAGCCCCAACGUGGCUCCUCAGGCUUCCAGGCCCCAGCAGCCUUUGCCUCCUCCACCACCUCCUCCUCCUCCUCCACCACCUCUACCUCCCGGCCCCCACCAGCAUCAGUCCACAAAUCAUGUGAUGUCUCAGCCUCUCUGGCCCGUCCAGCCCUCCGCUCAGCCGGUGCAGUACUCGGCGGUGUCUUACCCACCACAGCUCCUCUCCGUCUCCCCUAACCAACAGUACACUGUGCAAGACAACCUGAGCACCCAGUUCAGUCACAUGGGCCUGGCGCGGCAGCCGUCAGGCGAGGCCCGUGAUGCCCACACUGCCAUGUAUCCGUCCUCCAUGGUGCUCCAGGCCCCUCCUCCUCCUCCUCAGCAGGCCGGCUACAUGGUGCCCACGCCUGGGCAAAGCAUGCCAACCCCAAACUACUCCACUCCUGCGCCAGGCCCGGUGCCUGUCAACCAGCCAGUGAUGCAGCAGCAGGGCUACAUGCAGCAGUCUAUGCAGCAGAUGCCGUGUUACUGCACACCAGGCCAGUACCCUCUGUCCAGCCAGCAGUAUCGGUCAGUUGGCGCAGUGCAGUACAAUAGCCCCCAGGGCCAGGCGAUGCCCCCUCCCCCUCCUCCUCCUGCUCCUACCCAACAGCCAGGUUACCAAACUGUGAUGCCAAAUCAGCAGCCGAGCUACCAGAGCGUGGUGCAGCAGCCGGCAAAUCAAACCCUGGUCGGAGGCCAACAUAGCAAUAUGGGGAAUCAAAUGCAAGGCAUGAUGGUCCAGUAUCCCUCAGUGCCAUCUUAUCAGGUAUCCAUGCCUCAAGGAUCCCAGCAGACAUAUCAGCAGCCAGUCAUUAUUCCCAGCCAGUCAAGCCAUGCGUCCAGCAUUCAGGUCUACUACAGUGUUCUACCACCAAACCAACAGAACAACAUGAGGUACGCAAUCAUCUACGGACCAGAGGCCUUCACCAGGAACUGCUAUUCUCCCAACUCCACAGUGGGAUUCCUACCCCCUCCGGGCACGGAGCAGAUGCCGUUCCCUCGCACGUCCUCCCCCUGCAGUUCCCAACAGAUUCCCGCCCAGCAGUGCUCAGGCGUGCCUCCUCCACCCCCAGGUAGCGGCAUGGUGAUGAUGCAGCUCACGUUACCUCCUGGCCAGCAGCCUCGGCCGCACUCGCCUCCUCAGUGGAAACACAACAAGUACCACAGCCUGGACCAUCAACGCAGCCAGAAAUCCACCGACGUCUGCGCUCUAGACAGCUCCCAUAGCAGCGCUCAGCUCGGCAGCCCGUCCGCGUCCCCGGCGCAGUCGCCCGCUCCUUCCCACCUGACCAACGUCAAGAACGUCCGACCCGGCCUCGCCUCUCUUCCCAUCAUGCCUCAGUUCUCCAGAUCCGUUGUCCCGGGGCAAGGUGAUGCACGGUACCCUCUCCUCGGUCAGCCUCUUCAGUACAACCCUCAGAUUCGUCCUCCUUUGCUCCACGCGCCUUCCAUGGUCGCCAAUCACCAGGGCCCAGUGGGAAUUCGGCAUGGCGGUCGAGGCAGGAAGGGGCCCAGAAAGGCGCUCUCGACGGAUCUCAGUUGAUGGGGCAGGUCCAGGCGGUGACGCCGCCGCUCGGGGAUGACGGCUAAGUGCGGGCUGACUACCUGCAGGGGAAACUGUGCACGGUGGGCCUCAAACGUACGGCACCCGUGCUUAGCGUCCUCCUCCUCUCUUCUCACCCUCCGAUACAGCCCCAACCCUCCUGCCCACGGCCCCCACCAGGCACAGCGUCACAGGGGCAUCAUCCCCGGCACCCUGCAUUCUGGACGCAGCGAGCGGCCCGGCCUGAAGCGGGGAAAGCCAACUCUCAGUGAGAGUGUUAACUGUAACCGACCCCUACCACGACCCUUACAGCACCAGCACCCCUCCCUUACUCACCCUCACCCUCAUCCUCAACCUCACCUCUUCUCCUUUCUGACUCCGAGUUGCCCGUUUCUUUUUAAUUUAAUUUAUUUGAUUUUUUUUCUUUCCUUUUUUAAGGACACGCCUUUUCCUCCCUCCUGUCUCCACACUCUGGGUAUAGACACUUACAGGGGGGUGAGAAGUGCGUCUUUGUGAAGUUUGAGGUUUUUUUUUUUUUUUUUGAGAAAAGGAAAACGAACUUCAGUUCAGAAAAGCUCCUGACAGUACAGACGUAUAAAUAACGUCCUCUCUAUAUUAAACUGACUGGAACAUAUCAAAGGGCAACCUGUGUUUUUUUGUGUUUGUUUGUUUUUGUUUGUUUGUUUUGACUAUUUCUACUUUUUUAAUUUUGCCUCUUUUUAAAAAAAUUUUUUUAUCUGUUAUCAGACAAGUCCAACAUCGUUGUUUUUUUGCCCCUUGUCCAUCACCGGUGAUCAUAUUUACCCCUGUCUGAGGCCCUCCUGGUGCACAGCUGCCCCUCCGUACCAGCCAUCACCCCUCGGUGUGGUCAAAUCAUGGAGUCACCUCUGUGUUACACAGCGGGUCUCACGUUGUGCCUUCGAUCAGAGGCCGACUUUGCUUUUCUCCGACAAAGAAAAACGAAGACGCCUCAGUGUCUAGUGUAAAACGACGACCCACGCAUUGUUUUUUUUUUUUUUGUAAAUAAUUUAUACAGUAGCUAAAUAAUCCGAUCGUUUUCCCUCCCUCCGAAUGUCGGGGAAUUUUGUUCGUUCGGUUUCCGGACAUCCGACGAUUUUAACUUUUAUUUAAGACGUAACAGCGAAUCAUCCACUCAUCACUGCUAUUUUAAUAAUCCCCAUCUCCAACGAUUCUACGUCACCGAUUCUCUUCCUCCUAAAACCUUUUUGUUUUUCAAAAUCUUUUAAAAAAAUUAUAUACUGGGUCACUGGAUUAAAAAGAAAACACAAUUUGCACAUUUAUACAAUUCGCUAUAUAUAUAUAUAUAUAUAUAAAUAUAUAUAAAUAAAUAAAUAUAUUUUUCUUUUAUUUCUCAAUGAAAAUGUGUGGAUUCUGAACAGCUGUUUAAUGUUUACUGGUGUCAUUUUUAUUUCAGUUUGAAAAACCAAUAAAUGUUUACACCAAACGACGUCUUUA